GAAGAGAGAAAUGAGGAAUCAGCUAUUCAGAAUUUCAAGGACAAGAUUCUACUUCAUCCACCACUGUGUCAGGGUAAAAGGAGGACCUAAUCAGCGCGGACAAUUCUCCACACGAGCCGUUCCCCUGGGGUCAUCGUUGUCGCAACAGCUCCAUCAUCUCACCACCAAUACCACCACUCCUCGAAUCAUUGGGCGUUCCCACCACAUUUCACUCCUCUCUCCCACAUACUGCAACCGUAGCCGCGGCCUCAAUAACAACCACGGCCCACCAGCAAAACCCCGUUCCUCAUUUCUUCCUUCUUCAUCAUCAACACCCACAACAACAACCACCAUGUCCUCCGAUGAUGCCUACGCAGCCUUUCUCGAAAAGGCAAAUGAAUCCCCUUUCAAGAACACACCGCUGACCGCAGCUCAGCAACAGGAAGAACAUCUGCAGACAAAAAGGAUUGACUCAAAUGUGUCUGUGCCCACUGUCCUCAGCGAUGUGAAAAUAUACUACACCUCCGAAACAGACGAGCUCUUCGAGCCUGUAGCACUGCACUGGAGCGGAGCGAUGGAGAGCCGGUGGCCAGAUGUUGACGAAUUCCAAACCCUCAUUCUUCCCAGCACCGACACGCGCGCUACCAGCGCCUCCGCGACCGCCGCGGCGGAGGCAGCAGACAUCCAAACAUCCAUCCUCUCCCCGUCCGCCUUCGACCCGAAUAACCACUACGCAACAGUCACGAAUGCGGUGAUGAUUGCGACCGGGGCCGGAAACGGGGCCGGGGACGGGAAUGAGUUCGAUACGAAGCUGGCGGAGGCGAAGGUGAAAGUGUAUCGAGUGCAGAUGAGCUGUGCGAGGGUGGAGUAUUGGGUUGUCGGGAUGGAUAGACAUGGGGAGGGAACGAUUGUGGGGUUGAGAGCGAAGGCGGCUGAGAGUUAG